AUGACGAAUUGUUUGGGUGCUCGUACUGAGUUAUUGUGGUUUCUGAUUAAGUUAAGGAAUCAAUCAGUUAAUUGUACAACGAUCGUUUCAGUCGUAUGUUUGGGUUACGUGAUCUUCUAUAUUGUUCUGAUUGUGCAGAAUAAACUUCACGGUACGGGUGGUGAACUUACUACGAACAGUAUCGUAGUGCCCGGUGCACCGUCUACGGCGUUAGGCAACGCUGAAGGCGACAUCAAUUCAAUCUUCCGAGUGUAUCGUAACAUGAACCAAGUGAAUAUUCACAAGAAUCAUGCGUACUUCAUGCACUCUCCGAUACCAGCCCAUAAUAUCAUCGUACUCGAACAACCCAUCGAAGAGGCCAUGUAUGGAAAGAAGGCCACAACUGCUGCUGUACAUUAG